UUUUCCCUCCUCGGCUGGCGAGGGUGGGGGGGGCGGGGGAGGCCGGGGCUCGCCCCGAGCAGCCACGAUGCUCCUGGACGCCGGCCCCCAGUACCCAGCGAUCGGCGUGACCACCUUUGGCGCGUCCCGCCACCACUCCGCGGGCGACGUGGCCGAACGAGACGUGGGCCUGGGCAUCAACCCGUUCGCCGACGGCAUGGGCGCCUUCAAGCUCAACCCUAGUUCGCACGAGCUGGCUUCGGCCGGCCAGACAGCCUUCACGUCGCAGGCGCCAGGCUACGCGGCUGCUGCGGCCCUGGGCCAUCACCAUCACCCGGGCCACGUCGGCUCCUAUUCCAGCGCAGCCUUCAACUCCACGCGGGACUUUCUGUUCCGCAACCGGGGUUUUGGCGACGCGGCGGCGGCAGCCAGCGCACAGCACAGCCUCUUUGCUGCAUCGGCCGGGGGCUUCGGGGGCCCACACGGCCACACGGACGCCGCGGGCCACCUCCUCUUCCCCGGGCUUCACGAGCAGGCUGCCGGCCACGCGUCGCCUAACGUGGUCAACGGGCAGAUGAGGCUCGGCUUCUCGGGGGACAUGUACCCGCGACCGGAGCAGUACGGCCAGGUGACCAGCCCGCGUUCCGAGCACUAUGCUGCGCCGCAGUUGCACGGCUACGGGCCCAUGAACGUGAACAUGGCCGCGCAUCACGGCGCUGGCGCCUUCUUCCGCUACAUGCGCCAACCCAUCAAGCAAGAGCUCAUCUGCAAGUGGAUCGAGCCCGAGCAGCUGGCCAACCCCAAAAAGUCGUGCAACAAAACUUUUAGCACCAUGCACGAGCUAGUCACGCACGUCACCGUGGAGCACGUAGGUGGCCCGGAGCAGAGUAAUCACAUCUGCUUCUGGGAGGAGUGUCCGCGCGAGGGCAAGCCCUUCAAAGCCAAAUACAAACUGGUUAACCACAUCCGCGUGCACACGGGGGAGAAGCCCUUUCCCUGCCCCUUCCCUGGCUGUGGCAAGGUCUUCGCGCGCUCCGAGAACUUAAAGAUCCACAAAAGGACGCACACAGGGGAGAAGCCCUUCAAGUGCGAGUUUGAGGGCUGUGACCGGCGCUUCGCUAACAGCAGCGACCGCAAGAAGCACAUGCACGUGCACACGAGCGACAAGCCCUAUCUUUGCAAGAUGUGCGACAAGUCCUACACGCAUCCCAGUUCGCUGCGCAAACACAUGAAGGUCCACGAAUCCUCCUCGCAGGGCUCGCAGCCUUCGCCGGCCGCCAGCUCCGGCUACGAAUCCUCCACGCCUCCCACCAUCGUGUCUCCCUCCACAGACAACCCGACCACCAGCUCCUUAUCUCCCUCCUCCUCCGCAGUCCACCACACAGCCGGCCACAGCGCGCUCUCUUCCAAUUUUAACGAAUGGUACGUUUAAAAUCAGAAACAAAACACCGAACAAAACCCUAUUUAAGAGACUGAUCACACACGUAUACACAACAUUACUGAAAGAACCCUGCGAAUCAAAACAACCCCCCACACAGACCCCGCAAUCCUUUUUAAAAAAUCUGCCAAUAGACCCAGGACGAGUAACAGAGGAAGUAUCAACCUUUAAAAAUUUCCUUUCGCUUUCAUUAUUUUUCCUUUUUUGGCGAAGGCUUGGUACCCAAGGUGCGGUAGGGGGUCUAGGGGGAGGAGGCCACCUGACCAAAUGCCGCCAACCCCGAGGGCCAGUUUCUUGUCGGAUCCGUACGGGCUCUCUGGGGCUU